UGUCUCUUUUUUGCCUGUCGUUUAUCAAGCCGAUCCAUGGAAUGGGAAACUCUAAUGAUUGCCCCCACACUGUAGCGUUCCUCCAGCCGAAGAACUCAGAUGAAGCCUCUCUCCCUCCACUCCAUGAGCUCUUCUUUCUACCUCAUCUCCCUAUCCCUCAUCACGUUUCUAGCCUUCCUCUAUGCCGCGGGUUUCACCUCAAUCCUCAAGAAAUCAUUUCUGAACUCUAAAUUGCUGGAAUACUCGGCUCAAGUACAAGAAGAAUCCAUAUCAAACAUACCAAAACAAGAGAAGGAUGUCGGCAUGCCAUUUGCCGUUGGGAGGACGGAGGAGGGGUGCGAUGUGUUCGAUGGCAGAUGGGUCUACGAUGAGGUCUCGAGGCCUCACUAUGGUGAGCAUGAAUGCCGUUACAUCUCGGCUCAGGCGAGGUGUCAAGCUUACGGAAGGCCCGACAAGGCGUACCAGCGUUGGAGAUGGCAGCCUCAUGGCUGUUCUCUUCCAAGCUUCAAUGCCACUUUUAUGCUCGAGAAGCUCCGAGGGAAGCGAAUGAUGUUCGUCGGUGACUCCUUGGCUAGGGGCCAGUUCACGUCAAUGGCAUGUCUUCUUCGGCGUGCCAGCUCCAAGUUUGCAAAAUCCCAUAAGCACUUCAGAUCGCAUGGCAUCUUAAGAGCUCGGAAACACAAUGCUACAAUCGAGUUCUAUUGGGCUCCAUUUCUUGUCGAAUCGAACUGCGACAAUGCUACAGUGCACAAAAUUACAGAUAGAAUAGUAAAUGUACAUCCAGAAUCCAUCAAUAAGCAUGCUCCCAAUUGGAAGGGAGUUGAUGUUUUGAUCUUCAAUACAUAUAUGUGGUGGAUAAGAGACACAAACAUCAAGACAUUGCAAAGGUCUGUCAAGUGGGGUUUGGAAUAUGUCAAGGAGAUGAAGAAAGAGGAUGCCUAUAGACUGGUGUUGAAGAGGAUGGUGAGGUGGGUGGAGGAGAACAUAGAUCCCGAGAAGACCAGGGUCUUCUUCACAAGCCUGUCACCUACUCAUUAUAGGAGUAUUGAAUGGGGAGGCAAGCCUGAUGGUACUUGCUACAAUCAAACAACUCCAAUCACUGAUCCAACAUAUUGGGGUUCCAGUGCCAGCAAAAGCAUGAUGCGAGUGGUCGAACAAGUUCUAGGUGAGAGUAAGAUCCCCAUUAUUGUCCUCAACAUCACCAAGCUCUCAGCAUUUCGCAAGGAUGCACACGCUUCGAUCUAUAAACAACAAAUGCACGAGUUGAUGCCUGAACAACUGGCCAACCCUAAUAGCUAUGCCGAUUGCACCCACUGGUGCUUGCCGGGUCUCCAGGACACUUGGAAUGUGAUGUUGUACACCAAACUCUUCUAUCCAUAAAACUACAUGCUUAGAAGGGUUAUGAUCCAAAAUUCUUUAAGAUGGUCUUUUUUUUCCCUGAUAGCUUGAUUUUUGAGGCAGUAUUGAAUGAAACCAAGGAUAUGAAAUGAUAUUUGUAAUGUCAAAACAGGAUGUGACAUUCAGGAAUGUUUCCUUGCAAAAGGUUUUCAUUCCUCCUCA